UUGAUAUGAUAAUAGCAUUUGCUUCUGUACAGAUUUGGGAAAAUGAUGAUCUACCAAAUCAAAUAUGCCACACUUGUUUUCUUCAAUUACAAAAUACCAUCAAUUUCAAACAAUUAUGUGAAAAUUCAGAUAAUACAUUUCGCCAAAUUAUUCAACAAAAUAAAAUUAAUUUGUCUAAUAAUCAAAAUGACCUUCAUGACGUUAAAGAUGAGAAAUUUGAAGAUUACGCUGAUGAUAUACCUCUAAUAGAUAUCAAAGAAGAAGAAGAUAUUUCUGAAAAUAUCACAAAUGAAAAUACUUUAGAAAAAGUACAAAUUACGAUUGGUUAUAAUGAAGAUAGUUUAAAAAAAUUAGAUACAACUAAACACGAAGAAGAGAAUGAUGGCUAUGAAAGUGUUAAAGAUGAAGAGAGUGAGACAGAAACGUUUUCUUGUGAGAAGUGCAAUCAAGAAUUUAAAAAAGCAUGGAUAUUGAGUAAACAUAUGCAACGUAAACAUAGAGCAAAACCAUUAAAUUGUAGUGAAUGUAAAUUAAAAUUUUUCCAUCCAUUACAUUUAAAGCAACAUCAAGAAUUAACACAUAAUCCAUUGAAUCUUACUUGUAAAAUAUGUAACAAAGUAUUGAAAGAUAUUUAUUCAUUAAGAGAUCAUAAAUUAACACAUUCAAAUCAAAAACUUAGACCUUGUGAACGAUGCGAUGAAUCAUUCAAAAAUAAACGAGAACUUGAAUCUCAUAACGAGGAAGUACAUGGAAUUAUAGAAAAAAGAGUAACAUGUCAUAUUUGUGGUAAAUCAGUAACGAAAACAUAUCUAGACGAUCAUCUAGAAAUACAUAAAGAACGUGAGAAAAUUACAUGCGAUAAAUGUUCAAAAACAUUCAUUAGUGAGUUAACACUUAAAAGACACAUUAGAGAAAUCCAUGAUAACGAGCGUAAUCAUUUAUGUAAUAUUUGCGGACAUGGAUUGCGUACAGCGAGUAAAUUGCGUAUACAUUUAUUAACACACUCAAACGAACGACCGUUCGCAUGUGAUCGUUGUGAGAAAACAUUUUUGCGUGUAGAUGGAUUAAAAUAUCAUUUCGCACGUGUACAUUUAAAAGAACGAAGCCAUCAAUGUACACUUUGUUCACGUGCAUUUUUUAACAAUAACGAUUUAAAGAGUCAUAUUCGAUCACGUCAUACGGGUGAAAAACCUUAUAAAUGUGAAUUUUGCGAUAAGGCAUUUAUUCAAAGAUCUGCAUUAAAUUAUCAUUUAAAAACACAUUCCAAAACAAAGGAGGGCGAACAACUAACGGAUAAUCCAUCGGAUCAUACAUGUGAUAUAUGUAAUAAAGUUUUUGCGGAUAUUUACGCGUUAAAACGUCACAAAUACAGACAUUCAUUUGAAUGCAAACGAUGUAACAAAAUAUUUAAGGAUCGAGAAUCAUGGAAAUCUCAUAUUAAGGAAGUUCAUUUCCUUGAAAAGUAUGUAACAUGUCAUAUUUGUGGUAAAUCGGUAACAAAAAAAAAUCUACACAUUCAUUUAAAUGUCCACAAAGAAAGUGCAAAUCUUGCUUGCGAACAAUGUUCAAAAACAUUCAAAAGUGAGAUAACAUUGAAAGCUCAUAUUAAAGACAUUCAUGGGGAUCAAAAACCUGUACGAAAACAUUUAUGUAAUAUUUGUGGACAUGCUUCACGUGCACCGGCUACUUUACGUAAACAUUUAUUAAUACAUUCAGAUACAAGACCGCAUCCAUGUAAUCGAUGCGAUAAAGCAUUUCGGACUAAAGAAAGUUUAAAAAAACAUAUCAAUUGUGUACAUUUAAAUAAUCGACGGUAUCAGUGUACAUUUUGUCCAAAAGCUUUUUGUGAAAAGAAAGUAUUAGUGCAUCAUGAACGACUUCAUACCGGGGAAAAACCAUAUAAAUGUGAAGUGUGUGAUAAAGCAUUUGCUCAAAGAACUGCGUGGAAAAUUCAUAUGAAAACACAUAAUAAUUCAAGAGAGAAUUUUUCGCAAAGUUUAGGUGAGAGUAUUGUUAUAAGUGCUUUAAAAACAAGUGCGUGUAAGCUGCAGACUUUCUAUUCAAUAUAAACUCGCAAAAGCACUUACGAAGGAAUCAUCCAGGAGGGGGGGGUCAAACUUUUGUUCAUCAUGUUUGGUUACAUAUAGUCAAUGAAAACUAGAGAGUUUUUCGAGUAAGAGAACAUUUUUUAGAUCAAAUUGUUAUAUUCGGUCACUAUUUUUCAAUAACUUAAUAUUGCGAGACACAGAAAAAACUUUUCUAAAUCUUUGUGCGCAUCAACCUCUACAUCGCGAUGUAUUGCUGGGCGAGGCUAAACGUUUAGCCAAUCUUCAGAUAUUGUCGAUCUAAAUUAUGUUUUGAAAGGGAGCGUAAAACUGCCAGAACGUGAAAAAUUGUGUGAACAAAAUUAUAAUAAAUCAAAUCAGAGGAAAUUUUUACCAUACAA